AUGGAAAUUGAAGAAAAGUAUAGCUUAUUGAUAAUUGGAGGAGGACCUGCUUCUGUAAAAUUUCUAUACAACUUGUUCAGGACAUCGAGGUAUUGGUUUUAAAUUCUAUAGCGGAGAUUGCCUGAAUAUUUGAAUGGAUUGGGAAUAGGGAUUGUCGAGAAGGGGAAAUGUUUUGGUUCUGGAAAUCUGGAGAGUAAAAUGAAUUAUACCACCUAUCCUGCGAGUGAACUAUUGAAAUUGAUGUACUUCCAUAAAACCAACUAAAUGAUAUCGAUCUGUAAGGAUCUGACAGAUACUCAGGCUUACAAGACUCUGGUUCAGUAUGGAGAGAAAUGCCCUCCGAAAUCAUUGGCAGGAUAUUUCUUGAGAUUGCUGGGGAGUGUGUUAUUGAAACAUAUAUACACAUUAAAAAAAAUGCAAAUAUUUCACCCUCAAAGAGAAGCAAUAGCAAUCCGACUGUUGGCUGAUGGAUGGUUUUAGAUAAGAACGCAGAGCUUAUCAGCUGAUACUUAAAUCAAAGACAAGUAUAGAACGAUAAAAGCAAGACAUGUAUUACUUUGCACAGGAAGAGAGCAGACCCCUGCAGACAUAUUUUGUUAGGAAUAGGGCUUGAUCGAAACUCUAAAACAGAAUCCAAGACACAUAGUUGGAAGUGGAUAGAAAGCAUUCGAGUGUGCUGAACUCUUACUAAGUGGUCCUGUCAUGUACAUUAACAAUGAACAAAUUAAUGCUUACACUUAAAAAAUAUACACUUGUCCCUUAUGCAAAUCAAUGAAGUGUUCAUGUUUUGGAUCACUUGUACCACAAAAAUAUAUAUGGCAUUACACAGAUGUUGCAUUGCCUGAAUACAGAAAGGGAGAACUUAAAAUUUAUUUUGCCAAACCUCCAAGACCGUAUUUUAGCAAUCAUCAGAAUGAUUACAUCACUAUUCCAGAGUAGUAGAUAAAUAAAAAAGGAGAAGCAAAUUAUCUUACUGGAUUGAGGGGUAAAUCAAAAAUCCUGUAUUUGAAAAUGCUUGCCACUUAAGAAGUUCGUGUAGCACUCUCUCAGGAUGAUCCAAUUUCCAACCAAUUCAUCGAUGGAAAGGAAUGCAAGUGCAAUCAAAUAGAAAUCAAGGACACAGAUGGCAAUAUAGUUUAAUUUCAGUAUAGUUUUGGAUUGUAUUAAUUGGAUGACAAAGGCAGAUUGAAGACACAAAAAGGGAGUCUAAGAAAUCUAUUCUGUUAUGGUUCCAAUUGCAUAACGUAAGAGCAAUUGGAGAGGGGAUGCUAAGAUGAGUAUGGAGAUUGCAGCAUUGGUUUUGAUGAAUACGAUUUAUUCUUUAUGAACAUCAAGAAUGAAAUCAAUAAUUAAUGGUUUGACAAUAAUGAAUUUCCCUUGACUGCACAAUCUCAUGUGUCCAAGGGUGGUGAUUUUGAUUCAGAUCCAAGUGUUCAUUCUGAAGUGGUGGAGACAGAAACAUUUGCAUUAAACUAACUAUAGGAGUAAUUCAAAUAGAAGAAGAAAAAGAAAUGA